AUGGACAAAAUAAAUCGUCGAGAUUGAAGCGACCGUAAUGGACGCAACGCAAGAAAUAUAGUUUUGUGUUCGAUUUGUAUAGUGAAUUAAUAGUUUGUACGCAUUUGCGUAUGUUUACUUCGGUUUUUAGUUGUUAAUUAUAAUAGAUAUAAUGUAACCAUACAGCACUCAGAUUUAUUAACAAUUAAAAAUUACGUUUCUAGCCCUGAAUUAGGUUAUCAAUCGUUUGCUGCUAACAACAUUGAGUUCCACUAUCAUAUUAUCAGUUAAGUAUGGAGGUGGAAGCUGCUGUGCCCGCUGUAGAGCCAGUUUUAGAGCUCCCAUCGAAUGACAAUAAUAAGUUAAACGAAGUUAGUGAAAAACCAUUUUCAGUUCAAGAGGAUACAAGUCUCAAAUCGAAUGGUGUCGCCGAAUCGGCCAACGUAAUACCUUCACUAGCCGAAGCUGAUAAAAUCGAGACACACGGAGAAAUAGAAGCGGAUUCUAAUGUUUGUAAGACUUCUUCAGAAACCAUUUCUGAAAAUGCAUCUAACAUACUGUGCAGUGCUGAAGUACCGCCAAUAGUAUCAAACAGUAAUGAAGAAAUGAUCAUAUCUGAAGGAGAUAACAUUGAAUCAACUUGUGAGUCAUUGGAGCAAGAACUGGAUGAGAAAGAAAUGACUGAAGGUAUUGUUAGCACUGUUGAAGAAACUAAAGUAAGUGAUGCAACUGAUGUACAGAUGGAAGAAAGUCUUGCAGAAUCUGAUAAUGUAGAUUCAGUAAGUAAUGAAAAUGUAAGGUUUGAGACUGAAAUUUUGGUGGAAUCAAAUGAUGUUAAUGAAGUGGAAAUAGAUAGCUCAAAACCUGAUGACACCAAUAAUAUUUUGAGUGAACUGGGUCAGAACAUAGAACUGAGUGAAGUCUUGCGAUCGUCAGACGUUACAGAGAACUCUGAUAAUAAUAACUGUGCGGUUAGGCAAGAGGUAUUUAAUAAGGAAGAACUGCUAGAUAUUUUAGAAGGCAAUGAUGCACAAUCUACUGCAGAUUAUCAUGCUGCUGAAGUCUUGCACUUGAAGUCCACCACACUGGAGGCACAAAUGGCUAUGGAGCAACUCUCAAGGUUAAGGAACGAUAGCAGAAAAAUUAAACAGAAUGUUUCUAUGAAUCGGAAAAGGUCUGUGCUCAAACCAACUAAUAUUAAAGGAGAAAAACCUAACAAGCAAGGGGAAAAAUCAACUAGAAAAGGGGAUAAACCAAACAACAAAGCGGAAAAACCAAACAACAAAGGGGAAAAACCAAACAAAGGUGAGAAAUCUAUCAAAGGUGAAAAAACAAAUGAAAAAGGUGAAAAACCAAAUGAAAAAGGUGAAAAACAAAAUGAAAAAGGUGAAAAACCAAAUGAAAAAGGUGAAAAACCCAAUGAAAAAGUUGAAAAUCAAAGUGAAAAACCCAAUGAAAAAGGUGAAAAAUCUAACAGCAAAUUAGAGAAGCCUAAAAACAAAGAGGAUAAACCAAACAGUAAAGAGGAGAGUAUUGUUAGCGCUCUUGUAAGUGACUGGGAUGAUGAGGAUCUUCCUGAUGAUGACAAUUCAAAAGUUAAUGAGUCGUCAGAAAGUCUCCCCAUAGAUCAAACAGAAAGUUUAGCAGUUAAAGAAGAACCUACAAACACUAAUAGGACAUCAAUUGACUCGGCAGCCAGUGAUGGACAAACACCCAUUGUAAAUAAAACCAUUGACGAUACUCAGCCUCAAAGGAGGUUAGGUCGUGUUAUUAAAAAGAAAGUUAUAUUUGACCCUGACAAUCCAGACACAUACACACAAAGCAAAACACAUAAAAACAAAGAAACCCAAAAUGAUGCACAGCCCAGCAAAAAAAUAAAAUUGGAGCAGACUGUGCAACGGCCAAAAUCAAAAUCACCUGUCUCUAAAAUGCAAUGGAAAAAGCCAACCCCCAAAAAUAGUAAACAAAUUAAGAGAUUGUCAGAAGUUGACAAACUGUUAAUGGAUGAAGGUGCAGUUAACAUGAUAUAUCAGCUCACCCCUGAGGCACCUAAAGGGAAGAAAAAUAUGAGAACUAAAGCAGAGUUUAUAAAGAAGUUGCAAAGUUCCACACCCGAGGGCAAGGAGAUGAAAUUCAGAGAAAGAAAGAAAGAAUGCCUCAAAAGUGAAGACGCAGAAGCGAAAAAAAUAUCUGGAGGAAAGCAGAGAUCUUCCCUGAGCAGUUCUGUAAAGUCUCCUCAGGCCUGUGAAGAUUUUGAGACUCACAGUGCAGAUGAUUCAAUCAUUUACAGACGUCAUUCUUCAAGUUCAUAUUCUAGCAGUUGCAUGAGCCCCCGGCGACUGAGUGAUGUCGAAACUAAUGCAGGGGUCACAAAUACCUCACAAACAUCAAAAGACCAAACCAAUGUAAACUGUGAGGAUGGAGAUAUGGUUAUGGAUGUGGUACCGCAAGAAUCACCAAUCACUAAAGAAAUGAUUAAUAAGGAUGAUUGUUUGUCAAUCAAAAAGAAAUUAAAUUCAAAAUUAUCUCUAGCAUUAAAUAAAAGAAAACGAGAAAGCAGUAAGACUGAUAAACCCACAAAGAAAAAAAUCAUUAAAACUGAAGGGGAUCACAAAGAAGAUGAUGUAGAAGUAGAUGUUUUUAAAUAUUUGUCUAUAACCUUUCAUAAAGGAGUGGCUAUAAUAAGUGUUCGGAAUACAGGGUUUAACUAUAAUGCUGAUGUAUUAUAUGAAUUAGAAGAAGCAUUAUCUGGCGUCGAUAGAAGGAGCGACAUAUCUCUCACCCUCAUGACAUCAGAAUGUGGCACAUUGUGCUCAAAUUUGGACCUAACACCGUUAUUGGAGGACGACAAUGAAAAGAGGGCAGUAAACGCUCAACAUAUAGCUGAAGGUGUGAGGUCGGUGCUAUCGGCGGUGGCUCGGCACAGCAAGCUGGUGGUCGCGGGCGCGUGGGGCGCGUGCCGCGGCGUGGGGCUGGCGCUGCUGGCGCUCGCCGACGUGCCGCUGGCCGCAGAGGGCGCCAGCUUCGCGCUCGCUGGCCCCGCCCCGCACGCCGCUGGCCCCGCCCCACACACCGCUGGCCCCGCCCCCCGCGCCGCUAGCCUCACGCCCGGCGUGGUCGCUGUGGUGAGCGCGCAGCCGUUGCCGCAGUCAUUGGUAAGUUUGUUUCUAUCAUUAUUUUAA